AAUUUUUUUCUAUCUGGAAAGAAAGGAGACUGUAAGUCAUCUUCUACGGAAUCUGGUGAGGGAAUUCGGGUUUUAAACAUGAUGACAUUCCAGAUCUAGGAGAAAUUUGUCUUUGAUAGCAGAUAUCAUGUCAAUUAAUAGAGAACCAGGGGAAAUGUCGCCGCUACUAGAGAAUGACGACAGUUCUCAAUCAUCAAACAACACUGCUAGAUCUCCAGAUCAGCUGGAGAGGAGAAGACAGCCGGUUGACUUCAGUUCAUUACGCAGCGUUGGGAGUAGCGGUGAGAUGGGCUCCACCUCGGCGGUGCUCCAUCGAUACAGAUACUAUAGCCGCCUGGCCCCGCACACUGAUAGUGCCUUUCAAAUGCCAGAUCAUGUUGUCCCCCCUGAUUUCUACAUUGUGGUUCCAAUAAUAACCGAGGGAAAACAGAGCAGCCUGAUUACCAUAUUUUCUCUCUGGAACACAAUGAUGGGAACAUCCAUUUUGAGUAUGCCAUGGGCAAUAAGACAGGCUGGCUUUGCGACAGGAAUUUCCCUUCUUCUGCUGAUGGCCAUAUUGAUGUUCUAUACAAGCUAUAGGAUUCUAAAAGCCAUGCAGUCUAUGGGUAAGCUGGAUUCUGGGAUUGAUUUUUCGGACGUCUGUCACAUGAUCCUUGGUAGGUGGGCCCAGGUGUUGGCGGUGGUGUCCUCUCUCCUGACACUUCUGGGCGGUGCCAUUGUCUACUGGAUCCUGUUGUCCAACUUCUUCUUCAACGUUGUCAAUUUCAUCUACCAUCACAGUUCUUCACCACACAGCAGUGUUUCAAAUGGAACAGACUACGUGUGCCCAUCAAUGUCCCCCCCUUCACACCAUGGUAACCAUAGCAACCACAGUGGGUCAUUUUUGGCCUCGCCCCACCCCCACGACGAGGUUUACGACCGAGUCUGGGAUGAGCAGUACACGGUCCCGUUUUUUCUGAUAGCUGUCAUUGGACCCCUCAUCAACUUCAAAUCGCCAACAUUCUUCACCAAGUUCAAUGCAUUAGGUACUCUUUCUGUGACAUACCUGGUUUCAUUUGUGGCAGUCAAAGCCUCCAAGUGGGGAUUUCACCUGAAUUUUCAGGGAGUCGACAUUCCCAACGACCUUCACAAUAUUUACAUUCCAGAUUUCCGGGGGACCUUCGCGGCCCUGACCGGGAUCGCAGCUUUAGCCUACUUUGUACAGAACUGUGUCAUCUCCAUCUGUCGAAAUCAACGCCACCCUGAGAAUAAUAUACGUGAUCUGACCAUAGCCUAUAUCUUGGUCGCUGUGACCUACAUAUAUAUGGGGGUCAUGUUUUACUCAGCAUUUCCACUGAAUAAAGACUGCAUAGAAGAUAAUCUGCUGAACAACAUUGCUGACACCGACAUCAUGGCGUUUGUAGCGCGGAUCGGCCUUUUCUUCCAGAUGAUCUGCGUCUUUCCUCUGCUACUUUAUAUAUUCCGCGCACAGCUACUCUUCUCACUGUUUGGAGAUGUCUGGCCAAGUGUGAAGCAUGUCCUUGGCCUCAAUGUGUUGUUAGUGGCGGUCUGUGUGGUGUUUGCUGUGUUUUUACCACACAUAGGAAGUAUAAUAGGGUUUGUGGGGGCUUUCUGUGGAUUUUCCUAUGCCAUACUUCUGCCAUGCCUGGUACACAUGAGGACAUUGUUCAACAAUGGAGAAUUAUCUAUCCUCACCGUAGUGUUUCAUUCCACUCUGAUUCUUCUUGGACUUGCAAAUUUCAUUGGACAAUUUCUUAUCAUAGGGAAAACGUAAAUCCAAAAUUAAGAGACUCAUUUUUUUAAGAAUUUAUAUCAAUUUCAGUAUUGCUGUAAAGGGUUAUGUAUGUUCUUAAAACUGUUUUUGUUUUGGGAAUUUUUACGCAAAUCCUAUUGUAUGGAAAUUUUUGAGUGAAUGUAAAAUAUAUAUUUUAUGUAUGAAAAAGUAUGGUUUAAUAUUUGUGUUAUUUAAAAUUUGUUCAUUUUCAUGGUUCUUUUUCAGAUAAGUUUCUUAUUUAUAACUUGUUUGAUCAUAAGUCUCAUUUUCACUUUUGUAAAAUAUUUAUCAUUGUCAUGCAUUAGGUGAAAAUUAAUUAAUUGUGUAAUGAUGAUUUGCAUAUGAGCCACCCCCCCCCCUCACAUAUGCCUUAUCAUUCUUUUACUGUCCAUACUCUCCAUGAUGGAAUUAUUAAACCAGAGAUUACUGGAAACCAACUUUUUUUCGCAUGCAAGAAAUUUUCGCGAGGUUAGCUAGAGCCUUGUUGUCGCAAAUAUUUCUCGCCGCGAACCAAUCCUUUGUCUAUAGUUUUUAUAACAAUACAGGUCUGGAUAAGGCUUGGUCGCGAACAUUAGUUGUCGCAAACCAGUUAAUCGGCAGUUAAUCGCGAAAUAAAGUCGCCGCAAAUAAAAUUGGUUUACAGUAUCAUUUCUUAAAGAGCUUUCAUUUCAAUCUAGGUAUUUUCACAUAUUAGAAAUACCUCAUUUUGUUUUUGUUUAACAUUAAACUUUAUUUUCCUCAUUUGCUUGUUAAAACACAGUUGUACUAAUGAAGUUGAUUCGUUAAUUAAUGUCAAACACCACACAUACAUUGAUCUCUUUCGAUGGAUUCCGAACUACAUUUUGUGUUGCAUGUAUUGUUACCUCUAUAUACCAGGUUGAGUUACUCGAUCUCUGUGAUAUAUUUUUGCCAAUAUGAACAAAAGCUUGCAAGAGAUUAUAUUGAAAAUUAAAUGUUCUAUAUUUAUCUUAGCAUUAAUACAUGUAAAUGCAUGUCUGAAUAUAUUUUGUGAUAUUGAUGUGUGAUCGGCCAAUGUGAGAUAUUACUUAUAUUAUUGAGUUUGUGAUCGGCCAAUGUGAGAUAUUACCUAUAUUAUUGAGU